AAAGGGUUCUUACCAUUUCAUCAGUGAAAUUAGAGAUCUCACAUUAACUGAUGAUGAAAUUAUGGUCAGUUUUGAUGUUCAGUCGCUAUUUACGAAUCUACCGGUAAAAGACUGCAUUGAAAUUGUCAAGAAGAGGUUGAGAGAGCAGAACAUGUCUGAGAACUACGCCAAGUUGUUGGAACAUUGCCUCACAUCGGGCUACUUGCUAUGGAACGGUGAAUUCUACCUUCAAGUGGACGGCGUGGCAAUGGGGUCUCCGGUGUCUCCAGUAGUCGCCGACAUCUUCAUGGAGGACUUUGAGGAGAGAGCGCUCUCAUUGGCUGCCGUCCAGCCGAAGAUAUUUAAAAGAUACGUAGAUGACACUUUUACUAUACUUCCUAAAAGUAAUGUUUCAAUCUUCUUAGACCAUUUAAAUUCUAUCCAUAGUAAAAUACAAUUUACUAUGGAGUUGGAAAAAGACUGUUCUCUUCCCUUCUUGGAUGUUCUCAUUUUGAGGAAUCCUGAUAAUAGCUUAGGUCGCACUGUGUAUAGGAAACCUACUCAUACUGAUAGGUACUUAAAUGGCAAAUCCCACCACCAUCCCAGUCAACUAGCUACUGUAGGCAAAUCUUUGUUUCAGAUAGCCCAAAAGAUAUGUGACGACCAGCAUUUGGCCGCUGAGCUUCGACAUGCCAGGCAGGCAGCGCUGUUGGCGAACGAGCUCAAGAUACCGCGUGUCAAGCAGAAGGCCCGUUUGAAGAUCCCUACAGUCGAGCGCCGGCCUGCUAUUCUCCCUUUUGUCAGAGGGGUCACGGAUAGGAUCAACCACAUCUUAAAACGGGCUUCUAUUAAAACUUACUUCAAGCCUAUGAAGAAGAUGUCCCAAUUCCUGAGGCCUGUGAAAUGUCAAACUCCUCUACAAAAUGCGGGAGUGUACAUGCUAGACUGUGAGUGCGGCCUGUCAUAUGUGGGACAGACGAAACGAAGCAUUUCCACACGGGUGAAGGAACACAUAGCGGAUGUCAAGCACCGUCGGCAAAGGUCUGCAGUCUCUGAACAUGUCAUGGAUAAAGUCAAUCAUGCUAUAAAGUUUGACAAGCCUCUGGUUCUUGCUAAGGAGAAGCGAUAUAUACCCAGAAUGUUGCGAGAGGCCAUUGAGAUCAAAAAAUAUCCAAACUUUAAUAGAGAGGAU